AUGGCCGGCUCACCCAACUCCAACCUCCGUGGCUUCAACCACGCCGUCUACACUCUCCUCCGCCAACCCACUCAAUUUCUCCCCCAUCUCACCAUCCCCACCUUCACCCAUCUCCCCGAAAACCUCGGCCCGCACCUCAUCAAGCGCACAAGCACAAGCACAAGCACAAGCACAAGCACUGAGAAAGAACAACCACCCACAAUCCGCGCCCUCGUCCUCGACAAAGACAACACCCUCUGCCCCCCCAAAACAACCACUUUCCCGCCCUCAAUCCUGACCAAGCUCUCCGCCCUCCGCACCUCGCCCACCUCCCCCUUCAACAUGACCAGCAACCCGCACGCCAUCCUGAUCGUCUCCAACCGCGCCGGCAGCCACCCGUCCUUCGACGCCGAAGUCAGCUCUCUGGAGACGCAGCUCGCGCACCUGCGCAUCCCCGUGUUCAGACUGCCGGCGAGCGCGGCGAAGAAGCCGUUUUGCGCGGACGAGGUGGUGGGUUGGUUUCGCGAGAGGGGGGUGGUGUCGUCGGCGGGGGAGAUUGCGGUGGUGGGGGAUCGAUUGGGGACGGAUGUGUUGAUGGCGGGGAUGAUGGGGUCGUGGAGCGUUUGGUGUAAGGAGGGGGUGUUUGAGGCUGGGGAGGAGGGGAAGCCAGGAAGGAAUGUGUUGGAGAAGAUGGAGGUUUGGAUCGAGAGGGUUUUGAGGGAGAGGGGCUGUGUUGCGCCGGUGCCGAGGGGAUGGGAGAGUUCGUGA